UUUCGCGGCUAAAUUAGGGUUCAUUCUCUCUCUAUCUCCAUUUCCAUCUCCAUCCAUCACCAAUUACUUUGUUCUUCCCCUUUUCUUGAGGGUUUUCUUUCUCACACUCUUUGAUUUUUUCCUCCUACUAUUAUUCAAUUUUCCCCUAUUGCAAUUUUUCUCUGAAAAACCCCCAAAAUCGUCCAUUUUCUUUAACAAACAAUGGUGAAUUCGUCAGAGGGGAAAGAUUAGAGGAAGAAAAAGAAGAAACGGGAGUUGGUUUGUUCGUUAGUGAUCAGGUCUUCUGAGGAUACAAGAAGAUCUGAGGCUUAAUUUUAAACAAAUAUGAGCGCUUCCAGGUUCAUAAAGUGUGUCACUGUUGGUGAUGGGGCUGUUGGAAAGACCUGUCUCUUGAUAUCCUACACCAGCAAUUCCUUCCCCACGGAUUAUGUGCCAACUGUAUUUGAUAAUUUCAGUGCCAAUGUCGUUGUCAAUGGCAGCACUGUCAAUCUAGGCUUGUGGGAUACUGCUGGACAGGAGGAUUAUAACAGAUUAAGACCAUUGAGUUAUCGUGGGGCUGAUGUUUUCAUUCUGGCGUUCUCUCUCAUCAGCAAAGCCAGCUAUGAAAACGUCUCCAAGAAGUGGAUUCCAGAAUUGAAGCAUUACGCUCCUGGAGUUCCGAUCGUUCUUGUUGGGACCAAAAUGGAUCUUCGGGAUGAUAAGCAGUUCUUCGCUGACCAUCCUAGUGCGGUUCCCAUUACAACUGCUCAGGGAGAAGAACUAAGGAAGACGAUUGGAGCUCCCACGUACAUCGAGUGUAGUGCAAAAACACAAGAGAAUGUGAAGGGAGUAUUUGAUGCUGCCAUAAAAGUGGUUCUGCAACCUCCAAGUUCAAAGAAAAAGAAGGGAAAGGGUCAAAAGGGGUGCUCUAUAUUGUGAUCAAAUCACACCUUUCUCUUGUUAAGGAAGUAUUCGAGGCUAAUCGUCUUUUUUUUACCAGUUUUCCGGUCACACUUCCGUUAUUAGGCUCCCUCCCUCUCUCCCCGGCUUUUGAUAUGUAUUAGUUUCGCCGGAGAUCCGCUUAGAAGAUUUGGAAAAACGAACGAAAAGACAAAAAAUAAAAGUCCGUCUUUGUUUUGGGUUUUUCUUAUAUAAUUGGUUUCGUUCUUUUGUAUUUGAUGGUUGAGUACUUUUGUUAGUUGGCUAAAGAUUUCGUACCCGAUGCUUGAGUUUUGAGAA